AUGGACACAAGUGUCAUGACAACGUCAGGGCUACUCGAGUGGGAGCUAUCGCUGCCAUCGGACCAGAUCAUCUCCCAUGGCUGGUACCACGGCGCGCUGAGCCGUACCGCUGCAGAGGCUCUGCUGCAACAGGACAGGGAAUUCCUGGUCAGGGAGUCGUCUUCACAGCCUGACAACUACGUGCUCAGUUGCCGUUCAAAUGGCCAGCAUUUACACUUUGUCAUACAAAGGAUAAUAGUUCAUCCAGAUACAGUUUUUGAGAGGUAUCAAUACCAGUUCGAAGACGAGGCAUAUGACACUGUAGCAGACUUAAUCACAUCCUACGUAGGGUCAGGAAAGCCCAUAUCAGCAGCUUCCGGGGCUCGAAUACAAUAUCCUGCAAAUCGUGUAGUACCUUUGACUAACUUUAUGUCCGAUGAUUCUAAUGCCAUGGUGUCACCAAAUGGCGAAAGCAAUUAUGGUAACGCGUAUAGCCUGUAUAGCCACUUUGCAGCCAAACCCGGAGCACAACUUAGAGUGCCUUUCAAAAAACAAAGAUCCCAUUCUUUAACUCCGAUAGACAUGACGCAACAUAUAAGCCAUGGAAAAAGUGCAAGUGCGGAUGGUGUGAUACAAAGUCAAACAAGUAAACACGCUAAAGUGUUCUCCAGCGAGUCUAAUUCAGGCUCCAAUACGUGGGAUGCAAAUUUACCAACUAGUCCACCCGCAAAGCCAGCAAGAUACGAUGGACCUAAGGCAGAUGACAGAAGGCUAGAGUUACAUAGACUUUACCAUGUUUCUGGUUCAGACUCUGGAAACGGAUCUGGUGACUCCACACAGAGCUCAGCUCACAGCGAUCCUAAUAAAUCAAGAUGUGAUCCAGAUUACUUGGCCAAUACCCCAACUAUUAAACAGCAAUUUGAUUACGAGCUAACAGAAGCCAAGUUGUUACAGUUAGAAAACUUAGACUACACGGUGGAGUCUAGGAUAAAUCUUGAAAAUUUUCAAUCUCAAAUAAUCACAGCCGGGUUAACCAAGCCUCUAGAGUCGGAAACGUUACAUACAAUCAAGCUGCUGCUACGCACGUCUGGUCCACGUAUUUUAGCAAAUCAUAUGACAAAAAUUGAUCUCCAUUUCUUACUCGAAGACUCAAUCCAAAUUGAAAGACUUGAUAAAACUGCAUCAGGCCUGGAGUUAUGUUUCCUACCUCAAGGACGAUCACUACGUUUAGACAUCAUUGAAAGAGUAGAAACAUUUCGCCUCCUCGUGGCGGUCACCGUACUGACUUGCCAAACGGACAGACAGAGAGCUGACAUUAUUAACGACUGGAUACUUCUAGCAAUAGAGACGAAAACAGCAUUGGGAAAUCUUUACGGCUUCUCAGCUAUUAUGUUUGGGCUGUGCAUGCCACAGUUGGAGUGCCUGGAGAACGCGUGGAACAUCCUGCGGCGCGUGUACACGGACAACGCCUUCAUGUUCGAGGCCAAGCUGCGGCCGAGCUUUAAGAUGAUGAACGAAGGCACCAAUCCGUUGCCGCCCAACACCACCACACCCUACGUCAUCCCGCCCGUGCUCUGCUUCCACUUGUUCGAUGGCGACGGCGGAGGACUGAUGCAACCGGAUGACUCGUUUCCGACCAGCCUCAUGAAUGGGCUGGAGUUCGACUUCAACGCGACGGCCGCGCACCUCGAGGCGGCCAGGUACUUUCCGCAACAAGUCGACAUGUUUAAACGCAACGCGCGAACGGUCGUGCAGGAGAUGUCUUCCCUCGGACCUACCCUGGAUCCGAUCCUUCUGGAGCUAUUCAAGACCGAGUUCCACAUAAACUUUUUGUGGGGAGAGCGGGGUGCACUGACCAGUCCUAACACACGGUUCGCCCGGCUGACGGACAUUUUGACCGCUAUGGCUACUAAAUUAGCAAACCAGCCACCAGACAGCGAAGAGGUCUUG